AUGGAUUUUCAGCACCGUCCUGGAGGUAAAACGGGGAGCGGAGGUGUAGCUUCAGCCUCAGAAAGCAACCGAGACCGCAGGGAGAGGCUUCGGCAGCUGGCUUUGGAGACCAUCGACAUCAACAAGGACCCCUAUUUUAUGAAAAAUCACUUGGGUUCUUAUGAAUGCAAGCUUUGCCUGACGCUCCAUAACAAUGAGGGAAGUUACUUAGCACAUACCCAGGGGAAGAAGCAUCAGACCAAUCUGGCCCGUCGAGCUGCCAAGGAAGCUAAGGAAGCCCCUGCCCAGCCUGCACCAGAAAAAGUCAAAGUGGAAGUGAAGAAGUUUGUGAAAAUUGGACGUCCAGGUUACAAAGUGACCAAACAGAGAGAUCCAGAGACAGGCCAGCAGAGCCUUCUCUUCCAGAUUGAUUACCCAGAGAUUGCAGAAAGCAUCAUGCCUCGCCAUCGGUUCAUGUCGGCCUAUGAGCAAAGGAUUGAGCCCCCGGAUCGGCGCUGGCAGUACCUUCUGAUGGCAGCUGAGCCCUACGAAACCAUCGCCUUCAAGGUGCCAAGCAGAGAAAUCGACAAAGCAGAGGGAAAGUUUUGGACCCACUGGAACAGGGAAACCAAACAGUUCUUCCUUCAAUUCCACUUCAAGAUGGAGAAGCCCCCCGCUCCUCCCAACCUCCCUCCGGGCCCUCCGACUGUGAAGCGGCCUCCUCCGCCCCCGCUGAUGAACGGAUUGCCCCCCAGGCCCCCUCUGCCGGACUCCAUGCCACCACCCCCUCCAGGAGGGAUGACCCUGCCCCCCAUGCCGCCCUCCGGACCAGUGCCACCUCCUCCGGUGCCACCUCAGCUGCCACCAGCGCCCGGUGUCCCACCCCCUGCUCCUCUGCCACCCAUGAUGAGACCCCCUCUCCCCACGGAGGGGCCGGGCACUAUCCCCCCUCCUCCUCCCUCCAACUGAAGCCUUUCCAUCCCACCGGACUCGUCUGGCUCAUAUCUUUUUAUAUGCAGGUCACAAUUGAUUCGGGUAAAUAGUCUUGUUUUGUACGCCAGUGAUUUUGACUAGAUCCUGUAGACCCAUUAAAAAGUUUUCACUUUGGCUUUC